UUCCUUCUUCCCCUAUCAACCCACACGCUCUCUCUCUCUCUCUCUCUCUCUCUCUCUCUCUCUCUCUCUCUCAUGCCAGAUCUCAUCUGCUUGAGCUCUCUGCACAAGUUUAGCAGGAAACUGUGGCAACAACUGAUGAAGAAAUGGAGGAAGGAGAAGAAGAAGAAGAGGAGGAGAAAGGGCAGGAGGCUGGUCUUGUCGGGUCUCAACACCUUGGCAUCAGCCAUAGAAUCGUCCAGCAGCCAGUUCAGGCAAGUGUUCCGGUUCCUGGACGCGAACGGCGACGGGAAGAUCUCUCCUCUGGAGCUCAGCCAAGUGCUGAUGAGGUUGGGCCACGAGAAGGCCUUGGCCGCCGCGGAAGCCGAGAGAAUGGUGAGGGAGAUGGACUGCGAUGGAGAUGGGCUGGUGGAUGAAGAAGAGUUCAUGAAGAUUAUCGUUGUCAAAGCUGAUGGUGAGAUUGGAGAUGAUGAUGAUGAGGAAGAUGGUGUGAUGGAUGCUUUCAAUGUGUUUGAUGCUGACAAGGAUGGGUUGAUUUCGGCCAAGGAGUUGCAGAGGGUGCUGCUCAGCCUUGGAUGGGAGAAGUGCAGCCUUGGAGAGUGCCGUGAGAUGAUCAAAGGGGUUGAUAGAGAUGGUGAUGGUUUUGUGGACUUUGAGGAGUUCCAAUGGAUGAUGGCAAGCUCCAAAUCUUGAGGCUCAAAUGCCUUUCUAAUUUCCUUUGUUUGCUUCUAAUUCUAAUGUGAUAAUUGAGACUCCAAAUUUAAAUCUAUCUUUAUGACUACUUAUUUUCUUAUUAGAAUAUAAAUUUAUACAAAUGAAUUCUUCUCUAUCCUUAUUUUUUUUCUAAUUUAAUUUUUCUAUGUAAAACUUUUUUAUUGAUGAUUUGACCAUAAUUUAUCUUCUAUCCUAAAUUUCAAGAAUCAUACCUUUUAGGUUCUUGAUAUUGAAGCUUUUUUGAUAACAACCCACAAUCAUUGAUCUUGAGGUGUAUAGAUUACUAAGUUCAUCCAUCAGCUCUAUUCUAUUAAUGGUCUAUUACUCUACCCUUCUGAGUUGUCGGUUGCUUUUGCUUGUGUAAAUGAGAC